AGCCAUUAAGAAGUCAAUGCAGUAUCACAUUUACAUUAUUUUAAAUACCCCUGAUACCGAAACAAUCCUAAAGGGGAAGACAACAUGCAGAUCACAUACACUGCAAAAUAUGCACAGUUCUUCUGCGUCGUGCUCUCAUUAUACAUUGCUCGCCACGCAGCGAUAGAUUUUUAUAUCUGCGACACCAAUAACCAUACAAGUCCUCAUUUCAAGAGUAAUAUGAAUAUAGUUCUUAAUACUCUUGUCAACAAUACAUUAAUAUCAAACGGUUUCAAUACAUCUGCCUCCGGUCAAAGUCCAGACAGAGUUUAUGGUCUCCUCCAGUGUUGGAGAGAUGCAAGCGUGGAGGAAUGCCUCACCUGUUCGCAAGAGGCAAAUAGCAGCGUUCGCCGGCUUUGCGGAAAUACCCUAGGUGGUAGAACAUGGCUAAACAAGUGCUUCAUACGCUUCGAGAAUUUUUCCUUCUUCGGAAUACUUGAUACAAACUCAAGUAUUGGCUACAGCACAGCUACGGUCACAGAUGAGCCUGAUGUGUUUCGUAAGGCAGUUAGGGAGCUUUUCAUAAAAAAUAGAGAUGAAGCGGUUCGAUCCCCAAUUAGAUAUUCUUCGGGAUUAAAUACUUCUACAUCCUAUCCAAUAUACAGUAUGGUUCAGUGUUGGAGCGAUUUAACCUCUGUUGAGGACUGCAGAAAAUGCUUGACAAGUGCAACUCGGGCUCUGUUAGAUGUGACCUUUAGGGGGAAUGAUACUUUUCAGGGAGGAGGGGUCGGCUCCGGAAGUUGCUAUGCUCGUUUCGAAACGUACCCAUUCAUCAAUCCUGCCGCUCCAUCGCCGUCUCCACUCCAACCGCUUUCUCCACAACCAAUUCAGCGGCCACCAUCGUCACUUCCACCUCCGAAAAAUUCUUCAGACAAUAAAGGUUUAGUUCUGGGCAUUGUGAGCGGCUUGUUGGUGAUAUUCCUGUUAUGCCUGUUUUCAGUCCGAAGAAAACUAAGAUCUGCAGGAUUAUGGAUUCGAGCCCUCUUGAGAAAAGAGAACCUAGAUAGCGAGGUAGACUCAGCGAUCGGCGAGGAGCAUGAGAUAAUCUUUAACUUGGAAAAUAUCAAGAUUGCAACUAGAAAUUUCCAUGGCGACAACAAGCUUGGAGAGGGAGGAUUUGGCUCUGUAUACAAGGGCACAAUGCCAGAUGGACUACAAAUCGCAGUAAAGAAACUUUCUGUACAGUCAACGCAAGGGAAAGAACAGUUUCUAAAUGAGGUUAAAUUGGUGGCCAAAAUUCAACAUCGUAACCUUGUGAAGUUGCUUGGAUGUUGUGCAGAGGGAAAGGAAAGAUUGCUUGUUUACGAGCACAUGGUUAAUAAGAGUCUUGACAAAAUACUGUUUCAUCCGCAGCGGAGCGAAGAGCUCGAUUGGCCAAAGCGUUUGAAUAUCAUACUCGGAGUAGCUCGUGGGCUUCUAUAUCUGCAUGAAGAUUCUCAUCUACGAAUUAUUCAUCGGGAUAUCAAAGCAAGCAAUAUUUUGCUUGAUGAGAAAAUGGAGCCAAAGAUAUCAGAUUUUGGCUUAGCAAGAUUGAUUCGUCAAGAUGAGAGUCAUGUUGAGACGAGGCUUGCAGGAACAUACGGUUAUAUGGCACCCGAAUAUGCUAUGUUAGGUCAACUAUCUUGUAAAGCUGAUGUGUAUAGCUUUGGGGUUGUUAUUUUGGAAAUUAUAUGUGGAAGAAAGAAUACUGACAAUAGAUUGACUCCCAAAUUUCAAAGCUUGCUAGAAUGGGUAUGGACAUCUUACAAGCGAGGAAAUAUUACGGAAGUGAUUGACAAAGAAAUAAUCGAAAGCUUCUCUAGUGAGCAACUUUUAAGAUGCAUUCAUGUGGGUCUUUUGUGUACACAAGUAGAUGCAUUAGUUCGCCCCUCAAUGACUAGUGUACAUGCCAUGCUUUCUAACUCUUCACUGAACAACUUAGAAAAUCUCAUAAAUCCUCCUUUUGUCAUUGUUGCACAAAAUGCUAUUCCAUCAUCUAUAUCUACAUCAACUACUUCAUUAGCCACUCCCUUGGUCUAUCCAUCUAUUAAUGAUGCAACAAUAACAGAUUGGGGUGCUAGAUAAUCCCAUUAUUUAUUUAUACUAUAGAAUAAUAGUAAAUUUAAUAUUAACUACAUAAUGCCUUUUGCAAUGUUAAACU